GGGCCGCGGGAGGCGGGGGCACCCGGGCCCUGGAUGUCCGGGAGCGCGGCGGCCAGCGGCGGACCCAGAAGGCCUGAGCAGCAUCUGUCCCCAGCCCCCUGCGGGGCCCUGGGGCCCCCUGAAACCUCCAGGACGGAGCCAGACGGGACAGGUACUAUGAACAAGUUACGGCAGAGCCUGAGGCGGCGAAAGCCAGCCUACGUGCCCGAGGCGUCACGCCCGCAUCAGUGGCAGGCGGAUGAGGAUGCAGUGCGCAAGGGCACAUGCAGCUUCCCUGUCAGGUACCUGGGCCACGUGGAGGUGGAGGAGUCCAGGGGGAUGCAUGUGUGUGAGGAUGCCGUGAAGAAGCUGAAGACAAUGGGCCGGAAAUCCGUGAAGUCAGUCCUGUGGGUGUCAGCUGAUGGGCUCCGAGUGGUGGAUGACAAGACCAAGGACCUGCUGGUGGACCAGACCAUCGAAAAAGUCUCCUUUUGUGCUCCUGACCGCAACUUAGACAAGGCUUUCUCUUAUAUCUGCCGCGACGGGACCACCCGCCGCUGGAUCUGUCACUGUUUCCUGGCACUAAAGGACUCCGGCGAGAGGCUGAGCCACGCUGUGGGCUGUGCCUUUGCCGCCUGCUUGGAGCGCAAGCAGCGGCGGGAGAAGGAAUGCGGAGUCACGGCCACCUUCGACGCCAGUCGCACCAGCUUUGCCCGGGAGGGCUCCUUCCGCCUGUCUGGGGGUGGGCGGCCCGCUGAGCGAGAGGCCCCGGACAAAAAGAAAGCAGAGGCAGCAGCUGCCCCCACUGUGGCUCCCGGGCCUGCCCAGCCUGGACACGUGUCCCCGACACCCGCCACCACAUCCCCUGGGGAGAAGGUUGAGGCAGGCACCCCAGUGGCUGCAGGCACCCCUGCAGCUGCCAUCCCCCGUCGCCACGCCCCUCUGGAGCAGCUGGUCCGCCAGGGCUCCUUCCGUGGGUUUCCGGCGCUCAGCCAGAAGAACUCGCCUUUCAAACGGCAGCUGAGCCUACGGCUGAAUGAGCUGCCAUCCACACUGCAGCGCCGCACUGACUUCCAGGUGAAGAGCACAGUGCCUGAGAUGGAGCCUGCUGGUGCCAGCGACAGCGACAGCAUCAACGCCCUGUGCACACAGAUCAGCUCGUCUUUUGCCAGUGCAGGCGCCCCAGCACCGGGGCCACCGCUGGCCUCAACAGGGACUUCUGCCUGGGGCGAGCCGUCCGUGUCCCCGGCCGCUGCCUUCCAGCCUGGGCACAAGAGGACCCCUUCGGAGGCUGAGAGGUGGCUAGAAGAGGUGUCCCAGGUGGCCAAAGCGCAGCAGCAGCAGCAGCAGCAAGUGUCCUCAGUGCCUGCUGUACCCCCACCCCUACAGCCGUUCACAGCCCCGGUGGGGCCCUUCGACGCCGCACCUGCCCAGGUGGCCCUGUUUCUGCCGCCCCCACACAUGCAGCCCCCUUUUGUGCCCACCUACCCAGGCCUGGGCUACCCGCCCAUGCCCCGCGUGCCCGUGGUGGGCAUAACACCCUCACAGAUGGUGGCCAACGCCUUCUGCUCAGCCGCCCAGCUCCAGCCCCAGCCUGCCACGCUGCUCGGGAAAGCCGGGGUCUUCCCGUCCCCUGCUGCGCCCAGUGCCCCCGGGGGCCAGGCCCGUCCACGCCCUAAUGGGGCACCCUGGCCCCCGGAGCCAGCACCCGCCCUGGCCCCUGAGUUGGACCCCUUUGAGGCCCAGUGGGCAGCAUUAGAAGGCAAGCCCGCUGUAGAGAAGCCUUCUAACCCCUUCUCGGGCGACCUGCAAAAGACCGAGAUUGAACUGUAGCCCGGGCUGCCCUGCCCUCCCCACUAUCUCCAGGUGCCCCACACCUGGGAGCGGAGGCCCAACCUCUCCCCUCAUCCUGCUCCCUGGGGCUGCACCCCUCAACAUCCCCUCUAACCUCUUCUCUCGACCACCCCCACAACCACUACAGAACCGACAUUGUGAUGCCCAGGUUGCGACAGGAUGGAAUUCAGGGACGGACCCAGCCUGGCUAAGGGACCCAUUUCACUGCCAGGCAUAGGCUGGCAAUGUCCGUUCGCCCUCACCCCAGACACGGGGAUGGCCACAGCCCCACUCAGUGCCCCCGGUUCAAGCUACAUUUUCCAGU